GAAAAUGAGGAUCUUCACUGCUGUUUUUUUGUUUAUCUUGACGGUGCUUCCUCAUUUUUCUGAAUUGGGUUCACUGGAGAGAACGUAUGGACAAACCAGCACGUUUGAACAGCCCAGUACGUCUGGACGUACAUAUAACGUUGCCAAGAUGAAGAGCGUAGAUCCAGCGGGGACAAUAGUACCACGAACCAAUAGAGUGAUACCAAUGCAUGACCUUUACUACAUAAAUAAAGAAAAAGUAUUAGUGCCAAUCCUCACAAACAACUUUUUUGCUGGCACAACAAAGAAAGGUGACAUCUUUACCAUAAUCAUCGAUGAUUUUCUUUAUGCACUAUGUAAUAAAAAGCGCCAAAUACUUAUCCUAAGCGAAGAGGACUAUUCGCAAACUUUCACAACCAUAGAAUAUGUUGAGAGUAUGGGCGUAAAUAAAUAUUCCCAAAAAAAGUUUUUCCCAAAGACAUAAUUUGUAAUUUUGUUUUGUUUCAUAAUGUUGUUGUCAGCUGCUUACAAGUUUUUGGUAUCGUGGGUUUUUGAUGUGCACAUGGAGCUCUGAGUGACAGAGUAAAUGUUUCAUGUCAUUGUGCAAUAUAGCGAGAAAAUUUAAAAUGAAAAAAUUUGGUUU